AGUGCAAAUACUUUUCGCCUACUCCAUCGGAUCGACCAAAAGCAGGUGCGAAAGCGACGACGGCCGGCUCGCCGGCGCACGACCUCGGCCCCAACGUAGACCUCGUCUCCGGUCCUCCUUCUGCGACCUCCAAUUGAACCUCGCAGUCGCGACCGCUCUUCCAAUUUUCUUUCUAUCUCCAUCUAUGGCGUCGGCCAAGGCCUCGGCCGCUACUCUCCCUCUCAUUUUAGACAUCGAGGAUUUCAAGGGAGAUUUCUCCUUCGAUGCGUUAUUUGGCGGUUUGGUGAACGAGCUUCUGCCGUCAUUUCAAGACGACGACGCGGAUGGGACGGAUAGCACGGGUGUGCCGGACCCCAUGCAGAAUGGGACUUGGAGAGGCCUUCAGGGUCCGGGUAUCCCGAUGUUCCCCGCAGUGGAGGAGCUUCUCGCGCUAUUCAAAGAUUCGUGCAAGGAGUUGGUGGAUCUCCGGCAACAGAUCGAUGGGAGACUCCAGAAUCUGAAGAAGGAUGUUGAGGUCCAAGAUGCUAAACAUCGCAAAACGCUUGCUGAGCUGGAAAAAGGUGUAGAUGGCCUACAUCAGAGCUUUCAGAGGCUAGACUCUAGAAUUUCCAGUGUGGGGCAGACUGCUGCUAAAAUUGGUGACCAUUUGCAGAGUGCAGAUUCUCAGAGAAAAACUGCUAGUCAAACCAUUGAACUUAUCAGGUACUUGAUGGAGUUCAACAGCAGCCCUGGUGACCUCAUGGAACUUUCACCUUUGUUUUCCGACGAUAGUCGUGUUGCUGAGGCUGCUUCAAUUGCACAAAAACUGAGAUCAUUUGCUGAAGAGGAUGUUGGAACACAUGGAAUUAAUAUGCCAUCAGCAGUUGGUGCUGCAAAUGCUAGCAGAGGUCUUGAAGUUGCAGUCGCAAAUCUUCAAGACUAUUGUAAUGAAUUGGAGAAUAGAUUGUUAUCACGGUUUGAUGCAGCAUCACAGCGGAGGGAAUUGUCUACAAUGGCAGAGUGUGCUAAAAUCUUAGCUCAGUUUAACAGGGGAACUAGUGCUAUGCAACAUUAUGUAGCAUCAAGACCGAUGUUUAUUGAUGUUGAAGUUAUGAGCACAGAUAUCAAUUUAGUUCUUGGCGAUCAGGGUUUACAAGCUGGUACCAGUAACAUUGCGCAUGGCCUUUCCACACUAUACAAAGAGAUUACAGACACUGUGAGAAAAGAGGCAUCAACCAUAAUGGCUGUUUUUCCAUCACCAAACGAUGUCAUGUCAAUUCUUGUGCAGAGAGUUAUAGAGCAAAGGGUAAGUGCAAUUCUUGAUAGGCUACUGGAAAAGCCAUCGCUCAUGAACUUACCUCCUGUCAAUCAAGGAGGUCUUCUUCAGUAUCUUAGAAUAUUCGCAGUGUCAUAUGAGAAUACAGAAGGACUUGCUAAAGAGUUGCAAUCUGUUGGCUGUGGUGAUUUGGAUGCUCAAGGUCUUAUGGAAUCACUGUUUCUUUCACACAAAGAUGAGUAUCCAGAGUAUGAACAGGCAUCCCUCAAACAACUAUAUCAAUCAAAGAUGGAGGAGUUACGUGCUGAAGCCCAGCAACAAUCUGAAUCAACUGGGACUAUCUCAAGGUCAAAAACAGCAGCAAGUCCUCCAAUCCAACAGAUAUCUGUUACUAUAGUAGCAGAAUUUGUACGGUGGAACGAGGAAGCCAUUACUAGAUGUACUUUGUUCUCUUCGCAGCCAGUUACUCUUGCAAGUAAUGUGAGAUCAGUCUUUGGUUGCUUACUGGAACAAGUGAGCCGAUAUUUAACUGAUGGACUCGAGCAUGCUAGAGAAAGUUUAAACGAGGCUGCAGCUUUAAGAGAUAGAUUUGUUAUUGGAGCAAGCGUCAGCAGAAGGGUGGCUGCAGCAGCUGCUUCUGCUGCUGAAGCUGCUGCUGCUGCAGGUGAGAGUAGCUUUAGAUCUUUCAUGAUUGCUGUGCAGCGGUGUGCUAGCAGUGUUGCAAUACUUCAACAAUAUUUCUCAAAUAAAAUUUCUCGGCUUUUAGCUCCUGAUGCCCAUGCUGCAUGUCUUGAAGAGAUGGGUACAGCUGUCUCCAGAGUAGAGGGUUCUGCUCAAAAAGGUCUUCAACAGUGUAUUGAAACUGUCAUGGCUGAGGUUGAGCGAUUACUAUCUUCAGAGCAGAAAACUACAGACUAUCGGACACCUGAUGAUGGAAAUGCUCCUGAUCAUAGACCAACAAAUGCUUGCAUAAGAGUUGUAGCAUACCUAUCUCGAGUGCUUGAAUCUGCAUUCAGUGCUUUGGAAGGUCUCAACAAACAGUCAUUUUUGACUGACCUGGGACUUGAUUUCAGUUCCAUCAAUGAUUUUCCUUGAACCUCUAUGAUAACGGCAUGGUAUUGUUUUGGCCAAAAGAAAAUGUUGUAUGCAUUAUGUGGACCUAUCCAUAUCAUUGUCAAGAUAUAUUUGUUCCAAUUGCCAUGCCUCAGGAUAUAAUUUCACUACUUGCCAUGAGGUACCUCACUUGGUGAUACUAUAAUAAUAAGUAACUAAGAACACACUGUGGAAAGAAUUAAUGUGGAAAUUCCUCUUAUUUCAGAAUGCAAAUACCCAGUAUCAUAUAUAAAAUUACAAUAGAUAAAAUAAGAAAUAAAAAGAGAGAAUAGGAAACUAAUUAUUCCUAAAGAUAUCUUUCUAAUUAAACCCCUUAAUUUAAGAGAUUUUUUUCUCACAACGGUUUAUUUAUGUGAAUAGCUAUUUAUUUCUGUUAUUUAUAUUUUACAAGUUCACAGUUCUACACUCCCCCUCAAGCUGAGGAAUAGAUAUUUUCCAUUCUCAGCUAGACUAUUAGAUCAUGAAAUCUAGAACUGUUCAAUCCAUUUGUUAGCACAUCAGCUAAUUGUAAUUCUGAAGGGACAUAUGACAUACACACUAAUCCUUCCUCCAUAUGAAAUGUCUAUUAAUUUCAAUAUGCUUAGUCCUAUCAUGUUGGAUAGGAUUAUGAGUAAUAUUAAUAGUUGACUUAUUGUCACAAUAGAGUUUCGUGGAGCAUUUCCAUUUGAUUUUCAAAUCAUCCAGAAU